AGAAGGGUGAAAUGGUAAUUCAAACAAAAGCCUGUCAGUUCCUAACCGACCGGUGGUGAAAGGUGAAGAAGCUUUUUUCUUUUCCGAGUUUAUGCUCUUCGGCGGGAGAAAUUGAAGACGAUAUUUCCACCAUGGAAGACUCAGAUAAAUCGACAGCCUUGAAGAAAGCUUACGCCGAGAUUAUACUAAACACGGCGAAGGAAUCGGCGGCUAGGGUUAUGCUUUCCGAUAGAAAAUCAGCUCGGUUUCACCACGAUCUCUGCGGAACGAAGGAGGAGUCUCUUCGUUUGCUUGUUCGAUUGAAACAGAUGAUAGAUGCUAAGACGAUAGAAUCAGAGGUUUCGUCAACAAACCAGCAAAAACAGAUUGAUGUGCUUGAAGCCCAGCUUCAAGAGGCUGAAGAUAUUAUUACUGACCUGAGGUCAGAGUUGAGAUGGGUGAGAGACAAUUUGGAGAAAGCAAGGGUUAAUGAGCUGCAGGAACUAAAUGUAGUGAACAAGGAAGAAGAAGAAGAAACGAUUUCUGCUCAGAAGGCUGAGGAUCCUGAGGCUAUUGUUGUUGGAAGUUUGCAUCCUGAUCAAGAGGUUGUAGACACUUGCUUCUCUCUUCCGGAUCAGAGCUCAUUGCAAGAGGUUGAAUGUGGAAAUGACGGAAAGCGGUUGGACCGGUUUUCGAGUGUUAGUACUUUGAAAGGCUGUGAUGCUCGUGAGUCUGAAUUGGAAGCUAAUAUCAUAAGCAAAAAGCUUGAGCUUUCUAGAAAUGGUUGUACACAGAGGAUCCACGCUUUGGAAAGGAGGAAUUCAUCUUCUUCUGCAAAUGAAGAGGAACAAGGCGUGAUUGAAAAGGACAGUGGAGAAACCCUGAGCUCAGGAAAAGUGAACGGACACGAAGCUGGCACUUUGGGAAACACGAGAUGUCUUGUUCUUGCUCUUAGAGCCAGUAGCGCAGAGGUGGUAACGAUGCCGUCAAACGCGUUAGGAGUCAAGAAAACCAGCAAGCCGCAUAAAUUACGAGGAAGGAGGAAGAUGAGGUGGGGAAAGCCCAAAGCUACAUCAGUUAGGUCUCAAAGUCAGCUUAUCAAACCUUGUCAAUCUCAGUCUUAUCUUUCCUGUUCAAAAACAUCGAUGGACAAUACAGAUGGCGAAGAUUUUUCCAUGGAGACACAAAUGUUGGUAGAGAGUAAGGAGGUGGAUGAUCUUAACGCCUGUAAAGCGUUGGAAGAACAUUUGCAGCAUAAAAGAACACUAUACAGUGGUGAUAUCAGUAUCAUCCGUAAAGGGAAAACGAGCAAGAAAAUGAAAAAUUUGGGAGGUAUAUCUUCCUCUGUAAAUCCUACUGAUCAUUUAAUGGAGGCCUGUCCAGAAUCGAGUUUAGUCUUCAUUAAUGUUGAGGAUGGUGAAAGUAAGGCAGAUAUACCUGAAAGCGAGACUAAGAUAAAGCCACUUCCUCGUUUGGAUCCCGGGUUAACUUCAAGUAAAAGCAACGUGGAUCCGACUUCAGGAGUCUCAAAUGUUGCUGUCGUCAGUGUGACUGCAGCAAAUCGAUCAACAGACAAAGACUUGAAAUCAAGAGAAGAAGAUGUCUUGGUAAGUUGUGUAGGUGAAGAAGAUAGUGUGGUUCCAUCUACCAAAAUGGGUUCUGAGUUGGUCAAUCUACGUUCUGACUCGAAAGUUACUGCAAUAGUGACAGAUAAAAUCAGUGAGCCUCCAAGAGCCGAUGGAAAUCGACUUGUAAAGUAUACAUUCCAAAGGAAACGAAAGAGAGGAUCUUCAAACCAAAAUGAUGAUAGUAAUAACCUUCCAGGGAAAAGAGAGGUCAAGGAGAAAGAAAACAGCAUUCAAGACCCAACUGAAUCCACUUUGAGUAAUGAACAAUCUAGACAAACUCCACAACUAACUUAGGUUGCCACACAGCCUAAAUCCUUGUGUGAAAGCUGAUGGUAGACUGGCUAAUCUUUGUGCAAGGGAACACUUGAGAACACAUAUAUCAACUAAAGCUUAAGCUGAGAAGUAUGUAUUUAUCUAUCUUGACACCUUAUGUAUUACUAUAUUUUAACUUCAGCUUAUCUAUGACUGUAGUAAUCCAUGUGUGGAUUUUGUAGAUCUAGUGAGACGAGGGAAAAGAAAGAAUCACAACUAAUAUGUGAAUUUUGAAAUUGUUAUAGCAAGUCAACUUAUUCUUAAAAUGACCAGUUUGAUAUGGUUGUAACUAAAUUUGUUGGAUGAAAAAGGUGAAACACUUGAAUGGAAAACUUCAUAAGCGUGGUCCUGACUCAUUUAUCUACCAGAAUUGGUUUCAGACAAAAUUUAUCUUGAAGAAAAAAGAUAAUCAAACAGUGGUUUUAAACAUUUUGUAUACUCUGUUGAGCAAUUCUAGUAAUAUAUGCUCUAAUAUAUGUGGUAUAUAAUGUUUUCGAGAUUAGAACAUUUACAAACAGAAAACGCAUGUGUUUGGGAAAGACGAACAAACAUGGGGGCCACACUGCUCUGAAAGAAUUAACAUGACAGAGAG